AUGGAAUCAAACUUGAACAAAGUCCUGAGCAUGAAUCGCCAACAACUCAGCGGUCAGCUGUAUAAGUACACAAACGUAGUGAAAGGCUGGCAGUAUCGUUGGUUUAGUGUGGAUGGGCAGGGCGGACUGCUAAGCUACUAUCUGUGUGAACCGACCGGAGAAGAUUCAAACACCCACAUCGUCGGUAGCGCUCCCCGUGGACAGGUACACCUAGCCGGGGCCGUGAUCUGUCCAAGCGAUGAAGACUCCAAAACUUUCACUGUCAACUGCGCCUCCGGAGAUAUGCUGAAGUUGCGGGCUGUAGAUGCUCGGGCCCGUCAAGAAUGGGUAGAUGGGUUACGGGCGGUAGUUGAAAGUCAUUCGAAUUCUACUGGGACGGCACUUCCACCGCGCGAUCAGCUAGCAGCGCACGAUGCGUUCGGUGCCGCUAGGCAACAGUUGCAACAGACGGAACUAAGCAAUGCUGCCCUCGCACGUGCUAUCGAGAAUUUGAACGGUCCGCUGUCGAGCACGGAUCCGGAUCUGCUCAUGGUGAAGGCACUGUCCGCCGCAAGUACGCACUGUUUGCUACAGUGUCUGGGCCUGUUACAAAGACAUCAGGAGCUAGUGCCAGAUUCGCGACUGGAGCAAAGUUUCUAG